GGAACGCUGCCCAGCCAGCAGACGAAGAGGUGCUUUAACCACGUGGCCGCUCACUCAGCGUCAAACCGGAAGUACAAUACCAAGAUGUCCGCGCCCGGAGAACACGCGCCUGGUGAAGAAGAGGAGGAGAUGGACGAAGCGGGCAGCGAUGGAGGAGAAGAAAUGGAAGAAGAAGGGGAUGGGGAAGAAAAGAAGAUAUAUGUGCCCGGGAUAGAGCCGCUUCAGGCCGGGGAGGAGCUGGAAAUGGACCGCUCCGCGUACCGCAUGUACCACGAGUGUCAAACAGGUUCUCCAUGUUUGAGCUUCGAUGUGGUGAAGGAUGGAGACGGGGAAGGAAGGGGGCAGUUUCCUCUGUCCAUGCUGCUGUGCGCGGGCACGCAGGCCGACACCGCUCAGAAGAACAGGCUUUUGGUCAUGCGCAUGCACAACCUUCACGGAACGGAGAAGGAAAACGAAGAGGAGGAGAGCAGCGACGAGGAAAGUGAUGAGGAGGAAGAUGAGAACAAGAAGCCACAGAUGGAACUGGCCAUGACGCCGCACUAUGGAGGAAUUAACCGAGUUAGAGUUACUCAGUGUGGGCAGCAGUCCCUCGCUGCCGUGUGGUCAGAGAAAGGACAGGUGGAAAUAUUUGACCUCCGACCUCAGCUGGAAGCCAUCCACAGCUCAGCUGCUAUGUCUGCUUUUAUCCAGCAGCAGAAAGAACCCAAACCUCUCUUUAGUUUCUCUGGACACAUGAGUGAAGGCUUCGCAGUUGAUUGGUCCCCCAAAGUACCCGGUCGUCUCGUCAGCGGGGAUUGCAAAAAGAACAUCCACGUGUGGGAACCACGAGAAGGAGGCUCUGCAUGGCAGAUUGACCAAAGGCCUUUCAGCUCUCACAGCAAGUCUGUGGAGGACCUGCAGUGGUCGCCCACUGAAGCCACAGUUUUUGCGUCAUGCUCUGUGGACCAGUCUAUUCGUAUUUGGGAUAUUCGCGCCCCGCCCAAUUCAAUGCUUUCAGUGGACGAAGCUCACGCAUCUGACGUCAACGUGAUCAGCUGGAAUAGGAGCGAACCAUUCCUCCUGUCAGGCGGGGAUGAUGGGCUUCUAAAAGUCUGGGACCUGCGACAAUUUAAGACCGGUCGUCCGGUGGCGAACUUCAAGCAGCACAGCGCCCCCAUCACCUCAGUGGAGUGGAGCCCCGCAGACUCCAGCGUGUUCGCCGCCUCCGGAGCGGACGACGUGGUCAGCCAGUGGGACCUGUCGGUGGAGUCGAGCGACGUGGGCGCCCGGGUGGAGGGGCUGAAGGAUCUUCCCCCGCAGCUCCUGUUCCUGCACCAGGGUCAGUCCGAGAUCAAGGAGAUCCACUGGCAUCCGCAAAUCCCCGGCGUCAUGAUCUCCACGGCCCUGUCAGGGUUCAACGUGUUCAGGACGAUCUCGGUGUAAUCAUUUCACUUUUAGUAGGACUCUAACUACUGUCUGACGGGUUAGAUGUUUGUUUAUCCCGUUUCCAUGAGUACAGAUGUAUCCCUGGAGCAUAAAAACAUGGAUUGUGAAAGCGUGAGCAUGCACAUGCACCACUCUUUUUCCCUGCAAAUAAAUUCCAAUCUAUGCCGAUACAAAAACAUGCAUGCACGAAUAGUAACCUUUCAAUGACCUUGUAAUAAUGUACAUAGCAUAUCUAUGUAAUUUGUAAGACAUCCCUGGUAUUAAGCGUUACAGAUUUACAAAUAUUUUAGUCUUCUCCUGCUCUUUGCCUCAUAUACAAUGCUAAGAAUUUUUGUUGUAGUAGAACAUAAAAGUUUCUUAAAACAUGAUCCCAAAUGUUUGACUUUUACUUACUGUAAUGCAUCCAUCUUCAGCCAGCAUCUCCAGAGACUUGAAGAACAAAACGAGCGUCCUCCUAAAUCCAGUUUGCCCCAAAGCCUCAUCAAAGGAGAUUUAUUUGUUCAAUUUUCAACAGAAUUUUGUCAAUUUGUUGAGCUGUAAAGAUCAAAUCCAGAAUCUAACUUGGAUGUUCGUAGUCGUCAGAAUCACAAUGGCAACACAGCCUCGCCGUGUUCAUUGGUGGAUCCAAAAAUGAAACCUGAAACUGCAUUAUGUAAGGAAGAUGCUGCUCUGCACAGACAAGCCGCAGAUGGUAAUCUGAUUUUAAGAGUUUACGUUUCUGAUAGUUCACUUAUAGAUAAGAUUAUACUCUCCUAUCUGCUAAAUGUGGUCUGAAAGUGUGAUAAAGAGGAGAGGGGCGAGUCCAAAUUAAACUUUUAGUGCUCCUUGUAUUAUAUUUUUGGCUUUAAGUGUUUUUUAGACUCACAUUUGGUAAGUAAAAAUAUUUCAGGGUUAUGGUAGCAUUGCUCAGUAAAUCAUAAAAAGAAGAAUUAGCCCUUCCAGACUGGAUGUUUUCAAGAAAAUGGGUGCGGCGACUCUGUUUUAGCUAUACUUAGUUCCCAAAUAAAUAUUUGGUGAUGACAUAA